UUGAUAAAAUAUUGGUAUUUGAUAAAAAUAAGAUUUCAUUGUGGAAAAACCAUCGCCGCCAGCUCACCCAUCCAAAUCGUUUCUCUUCUCCGUUACCACCCUCCCACUUUCUCCCUUUCUCUUCUUUAUCUAUCCCUUCUUCAAUCAAGAUCCUCAUCAAACUAUCAAAAUCCAAAACUUUCAUUUCAUCUAAUCAAAAUUCAAACACUUUUGUAUUGUUGUGUUGAAUGAUUGAUCAUUAAAAAUGGGUGUAUUUAAAGAGAAAUUAAUAUCUUUAUACAAGAGUAGAUGGUUUGUUUUUGUGGGUGCAAUGUGGUUACAAUCAUGGGCGGGUAUUGGAUACUUAUUUGGAAGCAUUUCACCUGUUAUAAAGAAAUCACUUAAUUAUAAUCAAAAACAAAUUGCUAUGUUGGGUGUUGCUAAAGACCUUGGUGACUGUGUUGGUUUUGUAACUGGUGUUUUGUGUGAGGUUUUGCCUAUUUGGGCUGCUUUGCUUGUUGGUGCUUCUUUGAAUCUUGUUGGUUAUGGUUCUGUUUGGUUGAUUGUUACUCGUCAACUUCCUACUCUUCCUUUAUGGGCUAUUUGUAUUCUCAUAUUUGUGGGAACAAAUGGUGAAACCUACUUCAACACAGUUUCAUUGGUAUCAUGUGUGCAAAAUUUCCCAAAAAGCCGGGGUCCUGUGGUUGGAAUUCUGAAGGGCUUUGCCGGGUUAAGUGGUGCAAUAUUGACACAAAUAUAUGCACUCAUCCAUUCCCCUGAUCAUGCAUCAUUGAUAUUUAUGGUUGCUGUUGGUCCAUCAUUGGUAGCAAUAGGUUUGAUGUUCAUUGUUAGACCUGUCGGAGGACACAAACAAGUGCGUCCAUCCGAUGGAAAGUCGUUCACAUUCGUCUACGGUGUAUGCCUCUUGUUAGCUGCUUAUUUGAUGGGAGUUAUGGUUGUUCAAGAUCUAGUUGAUCUUAGUGAAACUGUUAUGACAAUUUUCACUAUUGUCCUCUUCUUGAUCCUCCUUGUUCCGAUUGUGAUUCCUCUCUCAUUGACUUUCGGCAAUGAGCAAAAGCCUCUAGAGGAAGAAGCACUUCUUCCAGAACCAGAAGGACAAUCACAACCUUAUUCGGAUGAAGUGAUAUUGAGUGAGUUGGAAGAUGAGAAGCCGAAGGAAGUCGACUUGCUUCCUGCAUUCGAGAGGCAGAAACGUAUAGCACAGUUACAAUCAAGACUACUCCAAGCAGCUGCGGAAGGAGCUGUGAGGGUUAAGAGGAGGAGAGGACCACAUAGAGGAGAGGAUUUUACAUUGAUGCAAGCUUUGAUUAAAGCAGAUUUUUGGCUUCUUUUCAUUUCUAUGGUUUUGGGUUCUGGAUCUGGUUUGACUGUAAUUGACAAUCUUGGUCAGAUGAGUCAGUCUCUUGGAUAUGACAAUGCUCAUAUAUUUGUCUCAAUGAUCAGUAUUUGGAACUUUCUUGGACGUGUUGGAGGGGGCUACAUAUCUGAGAUUGUUGUGAAGGAUCAUAUAUAUCCAAGACCAGCUGCAUUGGCAGUAUUUCAACUAAUUAUGACAGUUGGUCAUUUAUUCAUUGGUAUGGGAUGGCCAGGUGCGAUGUACAUUGGCACAUUACUAGUUGGACUUGGUUAUGGUGCUCAUUGGGCAGUUGUUCCAGCUACAGCCUCUGAAUUAUUCGGUUUAAGAAACUUCGGUGCAUUAUACAAUUUCAUCACUCUAGCAAAUCCGGUUGGAACUCUUGUCUUCUCGAGUCUCAUUGCUAGCAGAAUCUACGAUCACGAAGCGGAGAAACAAGCUCACGGAGGCCGACACUUGAAUAUAGGAUCGUUUGUAUCUCCUGUGGCUAAUGUUGGCGAGCAGUUAAAGUGUGAAGGUAGCAUAUGCUUCUUCUUGACUUCCACUAUCAUGGCAGGAUUUUGCAUUGUUGCAGCUGGCUUAUGCAUGAUACUCGUGUUCCGAACAAGGAUUGUUUAUGCCAACUUGUAUGGAAAAUCUUCUAUGAGAAACCUUCGAUAAGCCACGACUUUUGGACUAAGUAUUUUUGUGCCCAUUAAUAUACUUCAGAAAGAUUGAUGCAGAAUAUGUGUGAGUGUGGAAAACCAAAUGGAAAUUUUGCUAAGGAUGGUUUUUGGAAGCUAGCUACUUCCACAUGGUUGUGUAUUCUUUUCCAAAUAUUUGUAUUAUAUUUGGUUCUUUUUAUUGCAAAUAAACUUUGGAUUGGCACAAAAUUUGACACUAGAAAGUUUUGUCCAUUUUUUUUAUAGGGAAAUUCACACAAUAUUUCUCUUGUUUUGUUACACUAUGAAAGCUGAAAUAAGUUAUAUUAGUGGUUAUGCUAAGAAUAUGUACCGUAGCUGAUGAAGCAUUUCAUUGUUGUAAAUGUUCUGCUCUUUUUUGCAGCAGUUUUUUAUGGUAAUGAUUGAUUAUUUGGUUUUA